AUGAGGCAACAAUUAGCUGAAGCAGAAGCGGAAGUAGAAGUUUAUGAACAAGUCGAAAAUGACCAAGAAGAAAUUCCCGUAUUUGUGAAAAAGGAACUUCUGACGUCGUACACGAGUAAUAAUAACCUGAAGACUAAAAUAACUCAAGAUAGCGUGACCCCAUCACUCCACCCAGUUCAGCAAAUUAGGUCAGCACCUGAUAAACCUAUGAAUUGUAAUGUACCCUCCUUCAGACCUCAACCAGAUAGCACACGUCCAUCCCCAGUACUGCAACAGACCUUGGUGUCCAGCAACGAACAAACAGUUCAUUCUCCUACAUUGGAGACUGAAAAGAGUCAGCUGUGCGAUAGCAACAAAGUUAUUCUAGAAGCACUAUCCCUCCAGAGACUGCCAAAACUUACACCGAAGGUUUUUGAAGGUGAUGAAAUGGAAUUUUUGCGUUGGGAAUCUUCCUUUGAUGCCCUAGUUGCCUCGAACACCCAUGAUUCCAAGACCAUGUUGCAUUAUCUAUGCCAGUUUCUGAAAGGAGAACCACUGAAGAUGGUAGAACAUUAUCAGGACUUGCACCAUGAUGCCGACACUGCUUAUCGUCGAGCCCGAGAAGAGCUGAAAUACCGGUAUGGCAAUGCCAGCAUUCUCACCGCGAGUAUCGACAAGAGGCUAACGAAUUGGCCUAAAAUUGGGAGAGACUACAACCGAGAACUCCUGCAUUUUAGCGACUUCCUAAACCAAGUUGAGGUGGCCAUGAGUAAGUACACCGCCCUAAAGUGCUUCGAUUGUUCCAGAGAAAUUGUGAAGUUGACAGAAAAACUACCUGGAUGGGCACAGAACGAAUGGAAACGGAAGGUGUGGAAAUACAAAGAGACCAACGGCGAGGAAAGUUUCCCUCCAUUCUCGAGUUUUGUAGAAGCAAUGAAAACGCUUGCCCGUCGUGUCAACAUGCCCGAAUUUGGUGGAAUCACGAAGCAAGAAGACAGCCGAAGAAAGGAGUUCGACAACCAAAGGACAAAAAGAAAUAAUUCGAAUAGGAACAUCACAUCCUUUGGUACUCGAGUUAACCAAGGAAAUAGAAAUGAAGAAUCAGAAUCAUUCAAAGAAGAAUCUCAAAACCGUAGCCAACGGAAGAUAUCCUGUUUCCAUUGCCAGAAAGACGACCAUUCUCUCAACGACUGUAAAGAAUUUCUUGCGUUGACCUUCGAUCAGCGAAAAACUUUCAUGAGAGAAAAACGAAUAUGUUUUAACUGUCUAAAAUCGACGAAUCAUAUUGCAAAAAAAUGCGAUCAACACAAACCUGAGUGUGGGACAUGCAACCAGAGGCAUGCAACAGCUUUACACGAUCCACAACGCCAUCCCAGUGAACCUAGAACAACCACCCAUUGCAUCCGAGUUUGUGGCUCGUACCAAACCACCAAGUCAUGUGCCAAGAUCGUACUUGUAUGGCUUCGUCAUCCAUCCGUCCCGGACACAGAAGUUCUUACUUAUGCCCUGUUGGACGAUCAAAGUAACGCAGUCCUUGUUAAGCAGUCUGUCUUCGAGAGAUUCGGAAUCAAAUCAUCCCCUACGAAUAUAAGAGUCUCGACAGUCCUAAAUAAGGAACAACUUAUCGCAAAACAACGUAAAGUGGAAAUUGGCUUGUUGAUCGGCCGAAAUGUGCCACAAGCAAUGAAAACCAGAGAAGUAGUAAACGGGAAAGAUGAUGAGCCAUGGGCGGAGCGUUACGACCUGGGAUGGACAAUAAUAGGUGACGUAUGCAAAGGAUCCGAGGGGAACGACAGCGACGAGACAUUCAAGAUUAAUCGAAUCGUUAUACGUGACAGUUUGAUGGCCAAAGAAAUCUACACGACCUCGGAUGUCCAACGAAUGAUGGAACUCGACUACUCCGAAAGAAAGGCGGAGCAAGGAGACAACACAAUUCACUCGAUUGAAGAUCGAAGGUUCUUACAAAUCCUUGAAGAAGGAAUCAAGAAAGAUGCUGAAGGGCGCUGGGAAAUGCCGCUCCCAUUUAGAGACGAAACUCCCCCACAUCUACCUGAUAAUCGUCCACAUUGUGUCAAAAGAGUGAUGUCUCUGAAGAGAAAGUUCGAAAGGGAUCCAAAGUUGUUUAAAGACUACGCAGAAUUUAUAAAAAAAAUAAUUACCAAGGGACAUGCAAGCAGAAUCGAAGACAGUGCAUCCGAAUCCCAGCCAAGACGAACAUGGUACCUUCCUCACUUUCCAAUUUACCACCACCAGAAACCAGAUCAAAUCCGAGUUGUUUUUGACUGCAGCGAUACGUUUCAACAAGAAAGCCUCAAUAAACACCUCCUUCAAGGACCAGAUCUGAUGAAUAAGCUUACAGGAGUGCUCAAUAGAUUUCGACAGGAAGAAAUUGCUGUGACGUGCGACGUAGAGCAGAUGUUCCAUAAUUUUAUGGUAGCUGAAGAGCACAGAGAUUACCUUCGUUUUUUGUGGUUUCAAGAAGGAGACGUGACAAAGCCCAUCGUAACGUAUCGUAUGAAAGUGCAUCUGUUCGGAGCAGUAUCCAGCCCAGGAUGUGCGAACUUUGGUCUUCGCAAAACAGCGCAAGACGGCGAAAGUGAAUUCGGAGAAGAGGUUGCGAAUUUCGUACGAAAUGAUUUCUAUGUCGACGAUGGUUUAAAAUCAGUCAAGACAAUAGAAGACGCCGUCAAUCUUAUCACGAAAUCGCAAGCAAUGUGUGCAAAAGCGGGACUUCGCCUUCAUAAGUUCGCCAGUAAUUCCAUUGACGUCCUGGAAGCCGUUCCAGCCGAGGACCGCGCCAAGGAGAUAAAAGACCUCGAUUUACGUCACGAUACCCUCCCGAUUCAACGAUCGCUCGGGACGUAUUGGUGUAUAGAGUCGGACACGUUCCAAUUUAGAAUAACGUUAAAGGACAAACCCUUUACACGCCGCGGGAUUUUGAGUACAGUCAGUUCCGUUUACGACCCAUUGGGAAUCGUAUGUCCAGUGAUUCUCACUGGAAAACUGAUCUUAAGAGAACUAGUUCAACAAAAGGCGGAUUGGGAUGAGCUCGUGUCGGAAGAGAUUCGCCCUCGUUGGGAAAAAUGGAGAGCAGAUUUGAAAGAUUUAGAGAAAAUGGAAACCCGCCGGUGUUUGAAACCACCAAGUUUCGGAGAAAUAAAGUCUACUGAGAUACACAGCUUCGCCGAUGCCAGUCAGUCUGCAGUAGGACAAGUUUCUUACAUGAGACUGGUUAACGAUAAAGAUCAAGUCCAUGUCUCGUUUUUGACGGCCAAAGCGCGAGUUGCCCCUCUGAAACUCGUGUCCAUACCCAGACUUGAACUCACAGCUGCUGUUAUUUCUGUGAACGUUACACAACAACUUUCGAGGGAUCUAGAUUAUGACGUGGACGCCAACACCUACUAUAGUGAUUCAACAGUCGUCCUUGGAUAUAUCCAAAAUGAUGCCCGCCGCUUCCACGUCUACGUAGGAAACAGAGUACAAGCUAUAAGAAGCAAAACGUCCCCACAGUCGUGGCACCAUGUGAGAGGCAAAGAAAACCCAGCCGACAUCGCUUCCAGAUCCGCCACACCAAAAGAAUUAUUAGAUACUCCCACCUGGCUAAACGGUCCAGAAUUCUUAUGGCAAACAGAACUACCUGAGCAUACCAGCUGUUCGCCUCUCCUUAAUGAGAACGACCCAGAAGUCAGAAAAGUCACAGUCCAUGCGGUUCAUGUGAACUCACAAGAAAGACCCUUGGACAUGGCCAUCCUGAAUCGUUUCUCGUCGUGGUUUAAGCUAAAACGUGCGAUAGCCUUAGCGACUAAGUACGUCAAUAUACUCCGAACCAGAGUAUCUCAGAAAAGAAGAGGUCAAGAGCCAGAUGUCCUCGGAAAAGGUUUGUCUACGUCUGUUCUAGUUGAAGAUUUGGAACAGGCAGAGCAUAUUCUCAUAAGAAAUAUCCAACAGCAUCAUUUCCACGAAGAAAUGGCCGUCUUACAGAGUCUAAAAGACGGUCAGUUUAAAAAUAACGUAGAAACUAGAAAAAGAAACCAGACGCUUAAGCACUUCAGUUCACUACACCGUCUAGAUCCGUUCGUAGACCAACAAGGCAUUAUUCGAGUUGGAGGACGGAUUAAACGAGCUGAGGUCUCAUUUCAAGAGAAGCACCCAGUUGUCCUUCCAAAAAGGAGCCACCUUACCGAACUGGUCAUACGACACCACCAUGAAGCAGUUCAACAUCAAGGUCGUCUCUUGACUUUGAAUGAGAUUCGACAUGCUGGCUAUUGGAUAAUCCAUGGUCGAGCCACAGUAUCAAACGUCAUAAAUAAAUGUGUGAAGUGUCGCAAACAACGAGGUACAUCUGAAACUCAAAAGAUGGCCGAUCUCCCAUUUGACCGCAUGAAAGAAACAGCUCCAUUCACCUAUGUCGGAGUAGACGCCUUUGGCCCCUGGCAUAUUAGAGAAGGCAGAAAGAGUGUAAAACGAUACGGAAUUAUAUUCACCUGUAUGGCCUCACGAGCUAUACACCUGGAAACGUUGAACUCUAUGGACACGGACAGUUUUAUUUGUGCAUUAAGACGGUUCAUAAGUAGACGCGGAAACGUCCGACAGCUCAGAUCGGAUAGAGGAACCAACUUCAUCGGAGCAAAAGGAGAGUUGGCGCAAGCAUGGAACGAGAUGAACCAAGACCACGUCCGUCAAUUCCUUCUGACUAAGAAUUGUGAUUGGAUUAUGAAUGUUCCCCACUCGUCGCAUAUGGGAGGUGUGUGGGAACGACAGAUAAGGACAGUCAGAUCAGUCAUCUCAGCUAUCAUGACUGAACUCGGUGACCAACUCGACGACGAGACCCUACGCACGCUCUUCGCAGAAACAGAAAACAUAGUUAACUCUCGUCCAUUAACGGCAGAUGUCUCCGACCCGGACAGUCCAGAACCUAUUACACCUAUACAACUACUUACGCUGAAAUCAAAAGUCGUACUACCUCCUCCAGGACAGUUCAGCCGACCUGAUGUCUACAGCCGUAAGAGAUGGAAGCGGGUCCAAUUCUUAGCAAAUCAAUUCUGGCAGAGGUGGAGACGCGAGUACCUCCAAAGCUUGCAAGUCAGAAAGAAGUGGCAAAAUCCUAAACGGAACCUGAAGGUUGGUGAUAUCGUUAUCGACAAAGACGAAGAUCUUCCGAGAAAUCAAUGGCCGUUAGCAAAAGUAACCAAAACCUACCCUAGUGAUGACGGUUUGGUUCGAAAGGUCGAAAUCCAAAAGGCAACAAGCAAUUUGGACAAGAACGGGAAAAGGAAGAAUGACUUGAGUUUUUUCGAACGACCAAUUCACAAGUUGACAAUGUUAUUAGAAACAGUAGAUUAA